UACAGUGGUGCGUGACCAUCUCGGGCCUCCAGCGGGCAGUGCCUACAGGCGCUGGGUCUGAAGCCCCGCGUUCUCCGGCCCACGCGUGCAGGGGGCGUACACGUGGUGACCUGCCCGGGGCCGGGUUCCCAGCUCCGGCUCCUCCUCCCCCCUGGCUCCCGCUUAGCUUUCUGCAGCAUCACGUGCAGCCGGGCCGGGUGCAGGAUGGCGGCGGCAGCGGCGGGUGUCAGGCUCUGGGACUGCUGCAGCCGGGGCGCUGUACUCCUGCUCUUCUUCUCGCUGUCCCCUCGGCCCCCGGCCGCCACCGCCUGGCUGCUGGGUCUGCGUCCCGAGGACACCGCUGGAGGCCGCGUGUCCCUGGAGGGGGGCACCCUGCGCGCGGCGGAAGGCACCAGCUUCCUCCUGCGCGUCUAUUUCCAGCCGGCGUCCGCAGCACCGGUGCCGGCACCCACGGUUUCUCCCCCGGGCGAGAACGGCACCGGAGACUGGGCCCCGCGGCUGGUGUUUAUCGAGGAGCCUCCGGGCGGUGGCGGCGUGGCCCCCAGCGCUGUCCCCACGCGCCCCCCGGGGUCGCAGCGCUGCCGCGAGCAGAGCGACUGGGCGUCGGACGUGGAGGUCCUGGGGCCCCUGCGCCCCGGAGGCGUGGCGGGCUCGGCUCUGGUCCAGGUGCGGGUGCGGGAGCUGCGCAAGGGCGAGGCGGAGCGGGGCGGCGCGGGCGGCGGCGGGAAGCUCUUCUCACUGUGCGCCUGGGAUGGGCGCGCCUGGCACCACCACGGCGCCGCCGGCGGCUUCCUGCUGCGCGUCCGCCCGCGCCUCUAUGGCCCGGGCGGGGACCUGCUGCCCCCCGCGUGGCUGCGGGCUCUCGGGGCGCUCUUGCUGCUCGCCCUGUCUGCCCUGUUCAGCGGCCUGCGCCUGAGUCUGCUCUCGCUGGACCCGGUAGAGUUACGGGUGCUGCGGAACAGCGGCUCGGCCGCCGAGCAGGAGCAGGCACGCCGUGUGCAGGCCGUGCGCGGCCGGGGGACCCAUCUGCUCUGCACCCUGCUCCUGGGCCAGGCCGGCGCCAACGCGGCCCUGGCCGGCUGGCUGUAUGCCUCUCUGCCUCCGGGCGUCGGAGGCGCGGGGGAGGACUACGGCGAGGCGGGGGUUCACUUCCCUUGGCUGCCGGCGCUCGUGUGCACCGGCGCCGUGUUCCUGGGCGCUGAAAUCUGCCCCUACUCGGUGUGCUCGCGGCACGGGCUGGCCAUCGCCUCCCAUAGUGUGUGCCUGACCCGACUUCUGAUGGCGGCAGCCUUCCCCGUCUGCUACCCCUUGGGCCGCCUGCUGGACUGGGCUCUACGCCAGGAGAUCAGCACCUUCUACACCAGAGAAAAGCUGCUGGAGACGCUGCGAGCCGCAGACCCCUACAACGACCUGGUGAAGGAGGAGCUCAACAUCAUCCAGGGCGCGCUGGAGCUGCGCACCAAGGUGGUGGAGGAGGUGCUGACCCCGCUGGGGGACUGCUUCAUGCUGCACUCGGACGCAGUGCUCGACUUCGCCACAGUCUCUGAGAUCCUGCGCAGUGGCUACACGCGCAUCCCGGUGUACGAGGGCGACCAGCGGCACAACAUUGUGGACAUCCUGUUUGUCAAGGACUUGGCCUUCGUGGACCCCGACGACUGCACGCCGCUUCUCACGGUCACUCGCUUCUACAACCGGCCCCUACACUGCGUCUUCAACGACACCCGCCUGGACACGGUGCUAGAGGAGUUUAAGAAAGGGAAAUCUCAUUUGGCCAUUGUCCAGCGAGUGAAUAAUGAGGGAGAAGGGGACCCCUUCUAUGAGGUGAUGGGCAUUGUCACUCUAGAGGACAUCAUAGAGGAGAUCAUCAAGUCAGAGAUCCUGGAUGAAACUGACCUCUACACUGACAAUCGGAAAAAGCAAAGGGUCCCACACCGUGAGAGGAAGCGGCAUGACUUCUCCUUGUUUAAGCUCUCUGACUCAGAGAUGAGGGUGAAGAUCUCACCUCAGCUUCUGCUGGCCACUCACCGCUUUAUGGCUACAGAAGUGGAGCCCUUUAAGUCUCUGUACCUUUCGGAGAAGAUCUUGCUUCGGCUCCUGAAACAUCCCAACGUGAUCCAGGAGCUAAAGUUUGAUGAGAAGAACAAGAAGGCCCCUGAACACUACCUCUACCAGCGCAGCCGCCCUGUGGACUACUUUGUGCUGCUUCUGCAGGGUAAAGUGGAGGUGGAGGUCGGGAAGGAAGGCCUUCGGUUCGAGAAUGGCGCCUUCACCUACUAUGGUGUCCCAGCCAUCAUGACCACUGCUUGCUCAGAUAACGAUGUGCGGAAGGUUGGAAGUCUGGCAGGAUCCUCUGUCUUUCUGCCCGUCUCUGUGUCCCGUACCUUCGCCAUCAGCAGAGGGGACUCUCUGGCAGGCUCCCCAGUAAACAGGUCCCCUUCUCGCUGCAGCGGGUUAAACCGUUCUGAGUCUCCAAAUCGUGAGCGCAGUGAUUUUGGGGGAAGCAACACCCAACUGUGCAGCAGCAACAACAACCUCUACACACCUGACUACUCGGUCCACAUUCUCAGUGAUGUGCAGUUUGUGAAGAUCACUCGCCAACAGUACCAGAAUGCGCUCACUGCCUGCCACAUGGACAGCUCCCCCCAGUCCCCUGACAUGGAAGCCUUCACUGACGGAGACUCCACUAAGGCCCCCACAACGCGGGGCACCCCCCAGACACCCAAGGAUGACCCUGUUGUUGCCCUCCUGAACACCAGGAACAGCCUUCCAUGCAGCCGCUCUGAUGGGCUGAGAAGCCCCAGCGAGGUCGUUUACUUGAGGAUGGAGGAGAUGGCCUUCACUCAGGAGGAGAUGACGGACUUUGAAGAUCAGGACACACAGCAGCUCUCUCUGUCUCCUGCAGCUGUUCCCACCAGAGCAGCAUCAGACAGUGAGUGUUGUAACAUCAACCUGGAUACAGAGAACAGCCCCUGCAGCAGUGACCUUGAGGAAACCAUGGGCAAGAAACUACUGAGAACCUUGAGUGGUCGGAAAAGGAAGAGGUCACCAGAUGCAGAGCAAGUGUCUGAGGAGAACUCCAACUUAACGCCCCUGAUCACAUGACAGUCAGGCAGUGCUGGCUGGGUGUGAGAUUCCAGAGCUCUGGGGGAGAACCCACCAUCCCAUCAUCUGCCUCCCCUAAAGCCUCCCACAGGUGACAGCGUGUUCUGCUUUCCUUUCCACCUCUUCACCCGUUGCUGUCAGUUUGGCAGAUUUUUCCCUCGUUGCCUCCAGUUGGACUCAGAGCCUUGCUGUGGCCAGAACGGAAAGAGGUGUCUCCAGUGGACCAUACUAGAAAUGGUCUUGCCCAUAGCACAGCUGACAGUACCACUCUGGGACUCCUGGUGCCCUUUCUGUUCUUUGGGAUUCCUGAUGCCAUAUUUCAUGCUUAGCUUAAGCUCAGAAGGAGCCACUGACAGACAGGCACAGAGGAAGAUGGACCAGAAAGUAGAGAGAGGUUAGUUGAGGAACUGCACCAAGAACUCCUGAACUGUAGAACACUGGGACCCCACCGUGAAGUCAUGUGACAUCAUAGUAUAGAAAACUGUCAGUGACCAGUUUCCUGUUAGAUAAGGGUUCCAACAGCCUGGGAAUUAUAUCUCAGCUGGAAUGGAAGGAAUGUGAAAUGGAAUCUCAAGUCACUGUUUUUCCCAGGGACACAUCUGUUUUGGCUCCAGACCAGCAGUCAGUCAGUCAGUGGUCGAUCAAUAAAUCUGCUCUGGGAGAGGAAAAGAGCAGUGAGACCUAAUUGGGAGCCAGAGACAGAACUUCAGGUUUUAAGUUUUAUUUAAAGCAGAUAUAUAUAUAUGUAUGUAUGUAUAAGAAUUAUAAGCUGUUAAAGCAAGUUUAAGCCAUGACAAACCAAAGAGUGCCCAGGUCAGCCAAGAAGGAUGCAAGCUGCCAAGCGACUUCAAUGUGCAUUAGGUGGGAACAAUGAAGAAUCACUCUUCCCCAUCCACCACCACCACCACCCCAUUCAUCCAUUACUCCAUCCCAGCAAGUCAACUAAAUGAACGUUAUUCCAAGAAUUUAUUAGAUCUUUGAAUUUUUUUUUCCGCCUGGAUACUAGGCCAGGUGCAAUUCCAACGAUGGCCACUAGGUGGUAGCAUGACUGCACCUACGUCGAUAAAAUCAUUGAUUCAAAAACCUAACAGCCAGCUUUUGGGAAAAUGUGGAAGAAAAAGUUGUCUUCAGGACAAUAAUCUUCCCUUCUAGUCCAUCUCCCACCCCUUGGAUUCUCUUUAUGUGGAAUCAGUGAUCUAAUGCUGCCGGCUGAAUCUCCAGAUUAUUCCCAACCAUCGAGGCCUCCCUCCCCUUCCUCCAAAGUCAUUAUCCCCAUGCCCCUAUAAUCAAAUGGGAAUUGGGGGGAUUAAUAAUUCCCCUGGGUAAUUUGCAUCUCAAAGGAAACUGCUCACCUUUAACUCAGGAGUUUUUAACUUAGAGUCUAUAACCCCAGGGGAAGUCCACUGAUGGAUGGACUUGAGGGUCUCUGCCCCUAACAGUCAGAAUCUAGUGUAUGUUCUUUUGUUUGUCAGAGAGCUAGUGCUGUCAUAGGAUUUUCAAAGGUCAUAGAACUACAAAGUGUUGAAAACCACUAUUUUAGUGGAACAUUCAACCCAAGGCUUCUACAAUGCAGAGUAAAGUGAAUACUAGGCCCUUUGAGAUUAUUAGACUAUUAGAAACAAGUGGUUUUCUCAAAUGUUUUGUCAAGCCAGUGGGGAAAAACAGGUACCCACCAAGAACUGGAAAUCCUCUGAAAUUUUUGACACAGUAUUGUCCAGCCUCUACCCCACAAAGCUUCACCCCCACUUCUUCCCCACCAAAUUUGAGCAGCUGCUGCAGGCAGGAGGGCCACAGCAUGUGAACACUUUCCAGCUGGAGAGGUCUUCCAGCAGGCUUUCAUUGACUUCACACCCCUACCUGACUCUGCCUGAGGCUCAGCAGUGCAUGACUUCUCGUAGACAACUCUACCGCAACCACCCACCCCCAACACCUGCUCUUUGCCCAGAAGGAAUUGGCAAAGUGUCAGCCUGUGUGCUAGAUGCCUCAGACCUAAAGACAUGAGCUUCUAGCAAGAAUUGCCAUCAUGCAGUCUCUGGUCUAGGGGUGCCUGCCUGGCUUGUCUUCUUUUCAUUCCCCUGCAGGCCUCGGGGCUCAGGCCACUGCUGCUGCACCACAUCUCUGCAAAGUCCCCACAGAGCCUGUCACCAUGCGUCUUUGUAGUCCCUUUAUCCCAAGAUUUUCUUCAGGUUAAAAAAAAAAUAGAGAAGUAAUUUUAAAACAAAGCAUUUAUGAAAGCUUAGAGAACUGUAAAUAAUUUUUAAAUAAAAAAAAAAUGCUUUUUCCUGGAAAGUGGCUAUUUUCCUCACUCCUGGGAUCUCCCAAGUUCUAAAGUGGUUUCAUUGAGAUGCAGGUUGGAUGAUGCAGGUCUAAUAAUUAUCUUACCUGAGUCCCAGCUGCCUGAAAAAGUGAGAGGCUUUAAUAGGUAACAGAAAAGUGCUGGUGCUCUGCUCUGAAUGGCCAGAUAGGCAAGAUUUUGUAGAAAUGAAUGGGGAAAUAGAAAAUAAAAUUCCAAUGAGAAGCUGAAGUGUGCCUGAAGACCAGAAACACUAAGAUAGGGGUGAGAAAGGCUUGGCACCAGACAGACAGGACAUCAGUAGCAUAAGGACUUGCAUGUGAGAGGUUCCAUGUUUGAUUGUUUCAUCUCUGGCACCACCAACAGCUCGAGCUGUGCAGCACUCUGGUAAAAGAAAGAGAAGGGAGGGAGGGAGGGGAAAGAGCCAUUGUUGGACCCGUGUGUUACACAAGGUAUGUACCCAAGUUCAUAGUCUUGGGGUCAGACCCAGGUACUGUCCAUCACUGAGACAAUGUGCUGGCCACACUAGCUUACUUCUGCAAAUCUUCUUGAAAGGUGCUAAAGAGCUACAAUUCCAAGCUUUGAACUCUAAGGCAUGGAGUCCCAAGUUCAAUCCUUGGCACACCAUAUGCCAGAGGCAUGCUCUGGUUCGCCACCUUUCAUCGUAAAUUUUUUCCUUUUACUUGAUACAGCCGAAAUUUAGAGCA